AUGAUCAGUCCUCAUACACUCCCAGAUCAACAAGCCAUCAGCGUCCCAGAGGUCCUCUUGGAAGUUCCAGCACCUCUAGUCGUCGAAGUGACAGUUACUCGUGUCCUCCUGACAGUUAUUCCUCCGACGGGAGUCGACGUCGGGAACAACCAUUCAUUCGAUGACAAUGGCAGUAUCGAAAGUCGCUCAGUUUCUUCUGGACGGUCUGAUCGUGGCGGCUCAGAGGGAUCAUCCGCCAAUCAAGACGAUGGGAGCGAGCAGGAUUUCACGGAAAGUGACGAUGAAGGGACGAGGGAUUAUAAAAAGGGUGGAUACCAUCCCGUGACGAUUGGAGAAAUAUAUAAUCAUAGAUAUCGAAUUGAAGCGAAAUUAGGCUGGGGACAUUUUUCGACUGUAUGGCUUGCAACCGAUUUAAAGUCAACAGAAUGCAAAUAUGUAGCCAUUAAAUUCCAGAAAUCUGCACGACAUUAUUCUGAGGCUGCAUAUGAUGAAAUUGAGCUUUUGACUGUCGUGAGGAGAAGAAGCGAACUUGUUCAAUGGGGCGGAACAGGUUCAUUGAUUUUUUUUGAGCAUUGCGGUCCAAAUGGCACCCAUGUUUGUAUGGUGUUUGAAGUAAUGGGCCCGAAUCUCUUAUCCCUUAUUAAGCAGUACAAUUUCGAUGGGGUUCCCAUAGAUCUUGUUCGUAAAAUUGCGGCUCAUUUGUUGGUCGGUCUUGAUUAUCUUCAUCGCUUCUGCGGGAUCAUUCACACCGAUUUAAAACCAGAAAAUGUUCUGGUGACAGGACAGACCCUUCCGCCUCCUCUCCCACUCACAUCAAAAGACCAGGCAACCGGAGGACUUCUCUCCAAAUCGACGUCCUUGCAAACUGGAAUUUCAUCCCCACAGUCUUCGCCAAAGCAUCUCGCGGAUGAUCACACGAUGUUUGAGUUGGGAAAAGACAUCGAAGAAGUGAGCCAAGAAGACGAAAGCAGCAGCAUCAAGAGGAAGCGUUUGGAUGGUAAUGAUGAAAAAAGAGAUGUGGAAUGUAAUUCGAGCGAGACAGAAGAAGGACAAAUUAAAGAAGAGUCUAUGAACGAAAGAGAGGAAGAGUAUAGAAAGAAGCGAGAAUGUAUCGAGAAAACUGAACAAACGGGAACGUUGGAAGGAGUAAAUGACAAAAGGAAGGAGUCCAACUCUCCGCCGUUUGUACGUCAUCGGUUGAAACCACGUGGGAGUGAUCCGCACUUGUUGUCUACUUAUUGUAAAAGUGGGAAUAUCGCCGAUGACGAAUACUUAUAUACAAGACCACCUCAUCACUAUUUAGCAUAUCGACGGAAAUUUCCGAAUGAGUUUCGAACUGGAGUAGGGGAGACAUUUUUGCUACCAUAUACAACGUAUCUUGAUUCGGACGAGGAAGAUUCAAAGAACAAACCUUCGGAAAAGACGCCUGUUGAAGAUGUAGCAUUGCAUGCGGACGUCACGCCACCUCUUAGUACUCGACGCGAUGGUCGCACAUCUAGAACACCCCCGCAGAAGGAAGAGUCAGAAGAAGCAGUUCCGGACAGAGCGACAUUAUCGACCGUCAUGACGAUUGAAGGCCCAGUUGAAUUGAGAGCGACAGAUACUUCAUAUUUUCUUCGUGAUGAGUGUCAGUAUAAAAUUGCUGACCUCGGUAAUGGUUGUUGGAUCGAUAAACACUUCUCUGCUGACAUCCAAACACGCCAAUAUCGGUCUCCUGAGGUUCUUGUCGGUGCAGAAUACGAUACUUCAGCCGAUAUGUGGUCGUUUGCGUGUACUGUUUUCGAACUCAUUACUGGAGAUUAUCUAUUUGAGCCGAAAGGGUCGGAGUCUUAUAGUCGCGAUGAGGACCACCUUGCACUGAUUAUUGAGUUGCUUGGUUCGAUUCCCAUGAGGCUCAUCAACUCUGGACGCUAUGGAUCCACGUUUUUCGAUUCGACUGGCCAUUUGAGGAAUAUUCAUGACUUAAAUACAUGGGGAUUGAUUAGUGUCCUUCAGAAAAGAUACAAACUUCCUCCCAGGGAGGCUGAAAAUCUUGCUGAUUUCCUCCUACCAAUGCUUGCGUUAGACCCAACGAAACGUGCAACUGCUCAGGAGAUGUUGAAGCAUCCAUGGUUGAGGAUUGAAGGAAUGUCGAAAAAGUCAUUUACACGGAAGGUGAGAAAACUAUCCCAACUUUCAUGA